CACAAAUGGGACUGGCUACGACGACCAUCCGCCGCCGCGCGCCGCGUCAUCGGGCCAUCGAAGCAUCCGACUACGAUGCCUUGAUCAAGAAAGACAUCGAGCUCUACCCCACAGAGAACCCUCUGACCCCUUCGGUGCUUGCAACAUGGUUUCGCCGCCACCCAGAGUUUGGCAUGAUGUACGAUACGUUUGGAUGCUGCAUCUUCGUUCCGUUGAUUCCGUCGACGUGGAACAAGUUCAUCCGCAAAGAGAUUGACGAAGCUAACUUGGUCGAUGGUAUCUUUGAUGCCACCACGAGCUCCACCGGUGAGCUCUGUCUCCACAUGUACCACAUCGAAAAAUCUGAUAAGUGGACGCGCGAGUUUGAACGCAUGGCUACUGUCGUGCUUCACGACGUGUGCAUGCUCAUUCAUCAGCUCAACCGGCAUCAUUCUCCUUCCCUUAGCCCCAUCCGCGUCGUCGGCUGUUCCGCGCUCACCGCGUCUGACGCUGGGUACCGCAUGGCUCGCGAUGUCUUUCACAUGUCGCUGCUCUUCGAACCCGUCGAGUUCCUCUUCCGCCAUUGCACUCUGGGACAUGUGGCCAUAUUUAGUGCCAGUGACGGUGAACUGCUGUCGCCCAACGAGUGGACGAAAAUUGGCGAAGCGCGGCUCAUGGCCGUGACAUGCACGGACGUGUGCGCUAAAGUGUUUGAGACCACCGGCAAAAUGAAACAUAAUACUACGCGUAUGUGACAACGUAAACAUCAUCGACACGGCGAGUGCAUGGGCAAAGACACACAUUCCCAUUGGCGUUGCAACGGAAUGAUUGCACACCUCGAG